CUUCUAACAGGGCUCGAGUGCCCCGUCCCAAGGGACGUCCCCCUCUUGCUGUUCAGCUCCACCUCACUGUUCCUUCCUUCGGCUGUCCCCAGCUGGAGGGCCGUGCUGAAAAGCUGGGGGCGCUGCGCCCCGCACUGGGUAACCGAGAACACAGUCCUGAACAGGGUCCCACCUGUGCCUAGCCUAGCAGGAAGACUAUAACCGAGGGACUUGACCUGCCCACUUGAGCAAUAUGAAGAUUACAUUCAUAGAGCCCGCCAUUCUCCUUAGCGCGUUUGCUAUGACUCUGACCAUGCCGCUGACAGCCCAGUACAUGUACCGGAGGAUAUGGGAAGAAACCGGUAACUACACCUUUGCUUCCAAUAGCAAUGCCUCUGAAUGUGAGCAAAACAAAAGCAGCUCCAUCUUUGCAUUCCGGGAGGAAGUUCAGAAAAAGGCAUCUCUCUUCAGCCUACAGGUAGAAAUGAGUGGAUUAAUUCCCGGUCUGGUGUCUACCUUCAUGCUUUUAUCGAGUAGUGACAACCACGGACGGAAACUUCCCAUGGUCUUGUCAUCUCUUGGCUCUCUGGGAACCAGCAUUUGGCUGUGCGUGAUGUCCUACCUUGACCUUCCUCUCCAGCUUCUGAUAGCAUCCACCUUUAUCGGUGCCCUCUUCGGGAACUACACCACGUUCUGGGGAGCUUGCUUCGCCUACAUUGUGGAUCAGCAGAAAGAAUACAAGCAUAGAAUCAUCCGGAUAGCCAUCCUGGAUCUUAUGCUCGGAGUCGUUACUGGGAUAACAGGCCUGUCCUCUGGCUAUUUUAUCCGAGAACUGGGUUUUGUGUGGUCCUAUUUCAUUAUUGCCGUAGUUACUGCAGUCAACCUGACCUACAUUUUAUUUUUCCUAAGCGAUCCCAUAAAGGAGUCAUCAUCUCAGAUUAUCACUAUGUCCUGUAGCGAAAGCCUCAAGGACCUAUUUUACCGGACUUACAUGCUUUUUAAAAAUGGUUCCAGUAAGCGGCGGUCUUUGCUCUGUCUGCUGAUUUUUACCCUUGUCAUCUAUUUCUUUGUGAUAAUUGGCAUCUCCCCGAUUUUUACACUUUAUGAGCUGGGCCCUCCGCUCUGCUGGAAUGAGGUCUAUAUAGGCUAUGGAUCAGCACUGGGCAGUGUCUCCUUUUUGAGUAGUUUCCUAGGCAUAUGGCUAUUUUCUUAUUGUUUGAAGGAUAUUUACAUUGCGUAUAUUGGCAUUUUUACCACCAUGGUGGGGAUGUUGCUGGCUGCUUUCGCCAAGACCACUCUGAUGAUGUUUUUAGUCAGGAUACCGUUCUCUUUCACCAUCAUGCCACUUUCCGUCCUGAGGUCCAUGCUGUCAAAGGUGGUCCACUCCACUGAGCAAGGUGCGUUGUUUGCUUGCAUAGCUUUCUUAGAAACACUUGGUGGAGUAAUUUCGACCUCUGCGUAUAAUGGGAUUUACUCAGCCACUGUUGCCUGGUAUCCAGGCUUCAUCUUUCUGCUGUCUGCUGGCCUCCUGGUCCUCCCAGCCGUCAGCCUAUGUGGCAUCAAGUGCAUUGGCUGGGAAGAGGGAAGCUACACACUGCUCAUCCACGAAGAACCCAGUGAGCACACAGCAGACUAGUGACAGUCAGCGGCAAUGCACGUCCCUGUGCAGGACUCCUGGAGAAUAUAAACUCCACAAUCAGAAUUUCACUAGCAAUCCAUGUGACAAAACCCUGUCUCCUAAGCCAAGUGAGUUGGGAGGAUGCACCCAGCUCUGCUGCUUCUUGAGCCACCCAGCAGCACACUGUGUUCUUCAAAGAACAGGUCUCAGUACUGUCACUUCUCCAUGGACCAGAGAAACACAGUGGAGAGCAGAGGAAGGCUCUCGAAACCUUGCUAAAACUUAAAGCAAUAACUUCACUGACAUGCUCCAGUCUGCCAUGUGGAGACCGAGGAGUUCUGACCUCAGCCUCUCCGUCUGCACAAUGGGCUUGCUGGCCUCUCAGGGAUUUUGAAGACAUAAAGAGGAAUUUUUAUUUGGAAUAAUCACUGGUAUGGAAAUAAUGUUUCAGGCACUUGUAGUUCUUCCUGUACUUGACUGAUGUUUUAGGAUCCUGUCAAGGUUGUACUAAUGGAAUGAAAAAUCCUUGAACAAGAAGCACCUUUUAAAAUUAUGUUUUUCACUUUUCCUAGUAUUUUAUUCAGUGACAAGCCUGAUGGUGUUUUUAUAUGUAAUGAAGGGAGUGGGUAGAAGAUCAGAUUAUAAAUAAAAUUGUCUUAAAUUUUAAAACUGA